AUGUCCCUCAAACGCCUUCUAAACGACGUAGACGACGACAGUCAAUACCCCGAUCCGUCCUUCAUCUCACCCCACGGCUCCAUCUCAGGGUCUUCGUAUCAUAGCGCGGACGACUACUCCGGUAGCCACCCUCGCCAAACCCAGUUCCAGGGCUUGGAUUACCCACAAGAAGACCCCAUUCUCCAAGACCAUUCGUCUCUGGGCGACGAUGCUCAUUACAACUUGGAGCUUGAGCUGGAGAGAUGGGGGAGGAUGGCCUCUCCGGCUGCCUCGUACACCUCGCAUCAGUCUCCCUCACCCGGUUCCGGUUCCGGUUCGGGGUCAUCGCAAGAUUCUCUCCCUGCCACUCAUUCUCCUUCACUUGCCCCCGAGUCCGUCGUUACCGGCUCAGAUUCGUGCUCGUCGACUGGAGAUGACGAUGUCGACAAGGUUUGCUACGGCAUGGUCGAUGUCAAGUUGAUCGGUGACAUGAAUGACAUUGACACCACUCUCAACGAAGCCCAUCACGCAGCCGCCACUCCGGGCAAGACAAAACAUCAACGAUUCACCUUAUCCGAGCGACAAGAACAUGUUCUCCUUUCCUUCCGAGACAAUACCGACUUUGGAUACCUGCGCUCCGGUCCCGGCAAGACCCUCUCGCCGCUCCUAGCCAAGAGAUUCGUCGACUUCGAGCCCAUCGCUCCGAUACAGGAACUCCGAGAGGUUAUCGGGUGUGCCAAGAAGUCGGUCGAGGCCAUGGUCAAGGUCGACAUCAACAUCUACGGCCCACGGAGCGCGGCCCAGCUUGUCGGUGACACGCUCUCCAACGGAAAGCUCUGGUUGCAGACGCCGACGCAUCCUCGCAAGGACGUCGAAUACGAGAAUCCUCAUCUCUUGCCGCUUGACGGCGUUGAGGAGUUGACGGUACAGGAGGUCAGACAAGUCAAUGCCGGAGGGCCAGCGAGGAGGCAACCGCGCGAGGAGAACCUGAGAAAGAUGAUGAUGGAGGUCUAUGACUCGCUGAAGAAGACUCGGCAUUUGGAUAAGGUUGAGGGAGGCAAGGGACUCAAGAAUGACCUUUUGAUACAUCAAAAAGAAGCCCUGGGAUUCAUGUUACAGAGAGAGUCGGGCAACAUUGAGGAACGGUAUCGACUCUGGGAACAGGUCAAAGUCGAUGGCAGCGACUGGUAUCGCCACAGAAUCACCAAGAUUAAGCAGCGCACCCGACCCGACGAGAAAGGCGGCGGUAUCCUGGCCGACGAGAUGGGCAUGGGAAAGUCCUUGUCCAUACUCUCGCUCAUUGUCAAGACUCUGGAAAACGGCCAAGCAUGGGCGGAACAAGAGAACAACAGCGACGAAAAAAUCAAGGAUGUUAGCUAUUCCGGCGCGACGCUGAUAGUGGUUUCUUCUGCUCAAAUCCAAAAGUCACCGAAGCUAACCCUCGAUAGACACGUGGAAGGCAACUUAAAGUCAAUCAAGUACCACGGCCCCGGACGAGAGAAGGAUAUUGACACUAUCAAGAACUCCCAAAUAGUCGUAACAACAUAUAACACCUUAUCCGCAGAGUUUCAACAAAAGUCGUCCAUCCUCCAUAAAAUCGGAUGGUACCGAGUGGUCCUCGACGAAGCUCACAUCAUCCGUCGCCCAGCCACAAAGUUCUACCUCGCCUGCAAAGAACUGCACGCCAACUCCCGCUGGUGCCUCACCGGCACCCCGAUCCAGAACAAGCUGUCCGACAUUGGCGCCCUCUUCGCCUUCAUCCGCGCCAAGCCCUUCAACGAACCCGCCAAGUUCCGAAAGUACAUCGAGGUGCCCUUCGAACAGAACGAUGCGGACCCGCAAAAGGUCAAGGAACGCCUCAUCAUCCUCCUGGAGUCCCUCUGCCUCCGUCGGACAAAGGAUCUCCUCAAGCUCCCCGGCCUCACGGAGGUCACGAAAGAGCUGGAGUUCAGCCGGGAGGAGCGCGAGCAGUACGACAAAACGAAGAACAUCCUCAUGCGCACGAUCAAACAAAAGGUGGGCGAAGUCGAAAAGAGCUCCAAGUUCGGUCUGUUCCAGGCGAACCUGCAGAUGCGCAUCCUCUGCAACCACGGCACGUUCCAGAAGCCGUUCUCUUGGCACCGACGCGCGUACCGGCUCGACGAGCGCGAGGCCGUCGUGAGCGCCCUGGGCCAGAACGUGGAGAUUACGUGCAGCGGCUGCCACCAACCCAUGCCCAUCAUCAACUCCAGCAAGGUGAUGAACGAGUUCGAGGAGCAGUGCGCGCACGUCUUCUGCUCCGACUGCCUCGACGAGUCGGUCUACUCAGCGGGUCCCACGAACGGGCAGAGGCGGCAUUGUCCCGUGUGCGAGAACUGGAUGAGGGCCGCCAGGGCACAGCGGGCUCUGCCGUCCGGCGUUCCGGUUGUGAGGGUCGACGGGCCGGGAAGUUCCAGCGACGUCGAGAUGGACGACGUGUCGGGUCAGAUGGCUUCCAAAAAGCAUGAGGAGAAUUACUUCAACCAGACGGGGCAUUCGACCAAGAUGCAGGCGUUGAUUCAAGAUGUCAAGGAGGAUCUCUGGGACACCAAGAGCAUCAUCUUUUCCUGCUGGACCAGGACGCUUCACUUGGUUGCCAGCCACUUGACUGAAGCCGGGGUUGAUUUCCUCCGCAUCGACGGCGACUGCUCGCUCUCCCAGAGACAGGCCAUGCUCAAGGAGUUUGCCAAGAGCAACAGGCAGAGGGUCCUAAUAAUGACCACCGGCACAGGAGCUUUCGGCCUCAACCUCACCUGCGCGAACCGCGUCUUCAUCGUCGAGCUGCAGUGGAACCCCAGCGUCGAGAACCAGGCGAUUGCUCGAGCCAUCCGGUUCGGCCAGGGGAAGAAGGUGCUUGUCACCAGAUAUGUCAUCAAGGACACGGUAGAAGUGGUAUGUGAUAGAACCCGGGGGAGCACCAAAAUUCUCUUAGAAACGUCGGGCUUUACUAACAAUCUGCCCACAGGAAAUGAGCUCCCAGCAGAACGUCAAAAAGAAUCUUGCAUUGAUUGGAUUUGA